CAUACUUCAUGCUUCCGCUAUGGCUGACAAAACUUAAUCUUAAGCUCGACUGGCUUAAAGAAAAUGAGGGCGAUACUACACACCAUUGGCGUUGACGUCAAACCUUGGUUAAGGGUUCGAGUCAGUAUCUGAUAUUGAAACGAAACUCAUAGUUCAGCCGUAAUUCCAGCGAUUCCUGCAACAUCAGACCGUGUGGAGUCAGAUUGACUUCACUAACGUGUCAGCACGCGUUUAGAACAAAAUGGCUUCGUACAAAGAGAUCCUUAAGGAAAAGGAUAACCAGAACUGGCUAAAAGGAUCCCUCGCCCUCAGGAUCACCAAGGCCGGACUACGAGGCCUCGUUGAAGGGGAAUCGCAUCGCGUUCAUCAAAAUAUCCACUAUUCAGUCCUCCAUGCCAGGCACCUCGCUGCUGGAACAACAUGCAGCCUUUGUCUGACAGAACAUGUCUUGCCUUGUCCAACAAAAGGACUCUGCUCACAUCCGCGCAACUGCAAGUACCACAACACUCCAUUUAAGAUACACCGACCUUGCCCCUCACAGAUUUGUGAUGACUUUCGGGAUGAAAUAUGCGCUGUCCACAGAUAUAGUGGACCGUCCUGGAAGAAUACCAAAGCCAACCAAUGGUGUACGAACCAUUGGCAAGUAGCCAAAUGUUUUAUGCCACCUGACGGCUAUCACGAUGUGACGUCGUACGACGAGUCAGACUUCAAUGGUAUCAUUAGCGUUAUGAUCAACUGUACGGAGUUCCAACGUAGAUUGUCGUUCCCUAUCGGCAACCAACCCAACCCAUUAUCUGAGGCACGUGUGAUAGGCCGCAAUAUUCGCCAUUCCACGGAUCUGAAGUUGACAGACACAGACUUAGCUCACUACUUCACCACUCUGAAUACUCUUCUGACAGACUCUACAUUUCUGGCCAGUGACAUGGAUGCCCAGCAAGCUGUUCUUAAACUGCAACAGCUUGAAAAAGGCACCCUUCCAAUAACGACUGAAGAAGUACGUGAACUACUAGAAGAAGCUAGAGCGACGGUAGAAGCUGGCAUAGAAUCUGGCAAACGUCAGUUAGCGGAGACUGCGGAAACAGGGAAGAAAGAUCUAGAAGGCGUUGUGCUGCAGGGUAAGACUGCCAUAGAAUCAGGAACACGUCAGUUAGUGGAAACUGCGGAAACAGGAAAGACAGAUAUAGAAGGCGUUGUCUUGCAGGGUAAGACUGCCAUGGAAGCUGGAACACGUCAGUUAGCGGAGACUGCGGAAACAGGAAAGAAAGAUAUAGAAUGCGUUGUGUCACAGAGUAAAACUGUCAUAGAAUCUGGCAAACGUCUGUUAGCGGAGACUGCGGAAACAGGGAAGAAAGAUAUAGAAGGCGUUGUGUUGCAGGGUAAGACUGCCAUAGAAUCAGGAACACGUCAGUUAGUGGAGACUGCGGAAACAGGAAAGAAAGAUAUAGAAGGCGUUGUGUUGCAGGGGAAGCGUCAAUUAGAAGAUGCAACAAAAACAGGACAUAGCGAGCUGAAAGGCGUUGUGCUGCAGGGUAAAACUGCCAUAGAAUCAGGAACACGUCAGUUAGUGGAGACUGCGGAAACAGGAAAGAAAGAUAUAGAAGGCGUUGUGUUGAGGGUAAGUGCCAUGGAAGCUGGAACACGUCAGUUAGUGGAGACUGCGGAAACAGGAAAGAAAGAUAUAGAAGGCGUUGUGUCACUGGGGAAGCUUCAAUUCGAAGAUGCAAUGAAAACAGCGAAAAGCAAUCUAGAAGUUGUUGUGACGCAGGGGAAGCUUCAUUUAGAAGAUGCAAUGGCAACAGCUAGGGUAGUCACGGAGAGAGGGAAACUCGAGAUUGAAGACGCAGUGGCAAAGAGUAGAGACACUGUUCAAGUUGGUAAACGCGAGCUGGAGGAGGCCUUGCAGAAGAUGAAAGCUCUUUCUACCCUGUCAGAGGCGGAACAAAGAGAAGAUCUACGUCGACGGCUAAUCAAGUACUAUCAGAAGCAGCUCAACAGCGCACCAAUAUCGCCCCUGCUGUCGGACAAGGACGAGAGGCUGGACAAGUUUUACGUCCCUCCGAAGAUCGAGAAGAAAGACCACAGAAGACUUGGACACGAUCAACAACACGCUGGUUCGCCUAUUUCCUCUUACAAACAGAUCUUCAGUAAAGAUAAGGGAUUGUCCAAUACAGUUUUCGUUGUGGGCGAGGCAGGCAUGGGAAAGUCCUCAUUCUCCGCUAUGUGCACCAUAAAAUGGGCUGCACAGUUCUUUGUAUCGAUGAAAGACUCUGUAGAAAAGGGUUUAGAUCAAGAAAGAGAGGAGAAUACUUCCUUUGAACGGCCGCUAUUGAACAAAAAGGGUUUAGAUCAGAAAGGAGUGACGAACUUGAUUCCAAGGUUUCUACCUAGCUAUGGCGUAAUAGUAAAAUAUAAUGUUCAAAGAGAAUUUCUAGAAUUAUACCAUUCAUUGUCUGGUGAUGAUCGAUCGUAUGUAAGCUCACAUACGGAGGAAUUUUGUGAAUUAUUAUCACAGCCAAGGUAUGACCUUCUUCAAGAUGAGGUCACUCUUAAAGACUUUGAGUUUAUGUUUCACAUAAAACUGAGAGAUUGCUGUGAAUCCUGUGAACUGUCAGACAUGAUUCGAGAUCAGCUGGUCAACAUUAUUUACCGUCCAAAGGAGAGGGCCGCUGGCUACGACACUAUGAUAAGUGUGUUGUCAAACCGAAAGUGCGUCGUCAUAGCAGAUGGGCUGGAUGAAUGGUCGCAUCCUACUGAAACAAAGUGUUCAUGUUCGUUAGAAGACAAAGUUAUCCCGCAUUUAUCGCAAACGUUAGAUGCAGCUGUGUUGAUUACAUCGAGACCUUGGCGAUUGCCCCAAAACCGCGUUAAAGACACCAAAAUAGGCAAAUACCUAGAAAUAAAGGGAGUAGCUAGCACAUCGCUAUUAAUUCAGAAAACGCUGGUUUGCCUUAAUGAAAAAGUAGCAGACAAGAGAAUAUGUAUUGGUUUUAUCCGAUUUGUUGCCAGAAGAAGACUGGCGCGUCUACUCUCAGUCCCUAUCAGUGUACUGCUGCUAGUUUGCCUGUGGUUUGAGGGAAGACAUGAACCAAUUUCUUUGUGUGACAUGUACGCAUACAUGUUGGACAUGAUGCUUGGGAGAAAAUCGCUUCCUGUGCUUAGUGUUUCGCUCGAACGCACUCCGUUGCUACAAUGUUUCAAGCAAACUAAACAUGUACGAAACUACUACAAUAUCGUAUUGAAGCUGGCUAAGCUUGCAUUCGAGAAGUUGUUUUCGGGGGACCGAAAGUCAUCCCUGGUGUUUCAAAAUGUUGACUGUUUGACAUCAGAGGAGCUCCUGAUCGCUCUGAAAUCUGGUAUCAUGCGGGAAACAAAGUCGCAAUCUUUAAUAAGAAAAUCGUCGAGUUUCUCAUUUAUCCACAAAACUGUACAGGAAUUCAUUGCUGCAGUUCACAUUGCUCACCAUACCGAGGAUAUUCAAAGAGUAAUAAAGCCAGAUUUUCAAGAAGAAAUAAAGUCUUUAUCUUCAAAUUACCAAUUAGACAGUUUAAAAUCUGAUGUAUCGCAGGUUUUUAUCUACAUGUGCGGUCUAAACAGUAAAGUUGCACAAGAUAUGUCUGCUAUGAUGUCAACUGCUGUAAUCGAACAACGUGACAUAGCUAACUAUAUGGGCAGAUUGGUGUACAGCUAUUGGUGUAACACAGUACAACUAACACUCUGUGCUGGUUAUAGAGAGGCAGAAGCCAACAAUGUACAGAAUAUUCAACUGGAACUAAUGCAACUUUAUAUUAAUGGUAUGACUAGGGAUUUGACAACCUUAAAGACCUUGAUAUCGAUGAACAAGUCUCCGUUACGUCAUAUAACUAUCAACGGACACGAGAAAGAGAUCAGCGAGGAGGAGCUCCAGGAAGUGUUCAUCAGCUCAAAGGACACCCUUACCCAUGUGGAAAUACGUAGACGUGCUGGACAGUAUGACCUUUCUGCGUGUUGUCGUCUACAAUAUUUGACAAUAUAUGGGUUCGAAACAUCCAAUAUCACGAUUAAUACGCAUAGUUUAGUUGAGUUGACGGUAGUUUAUGUUACGGAAAAGGUUGAAAGAAGUAUCGUACAGUCAUUAGAACAAAAAUGUGAGCAAUUAAUGAAGUUUACCAUUUGGCGUAUCAAGAACAUUAGCUUAUUUUGUAAGACACUUCCCCAGCUGAAUCAUUUAAAACAAAUAAAGAUCAUGAAUACAACCCUCGGUGAUCACCCACUACUCCUCCCACCCUCUGUCAAUGAUGUUCACCUGAUCGAGGUGACAAUGUCCGCGCGGUGCUUGAGGGAGCUGGUAGAGAGGGUGGAGAAAUACUCUCACACUGUGAAUUGCUGUAUUGACAAGUGCACUGUGGAACCGAUCAAGGAUUAUGAAGACAUCAAACGGAACACUCAAUCGAGUAAAAACAUUACGUUUUGUUGAUGCUGAAUUAUUUGUAUUUGGUAAUAUUCAUUGAUUCUAAAGAAAUGGGAUAAUUGUUAAUCAAGUGAGAUAACAGUUUCAUGCCGCAUCCACAAGUGAAAUGUGAUCAUUGUAUAGUAUGCUUAACAUUUUGUGUUAUUUGGUAUUUUACGGCAUAAGUGCAGUGAAGUCUUGAUGACUUCAAACCACAACGGAAAUGACGUCAUUGACAAGCUUUGUGCGCCCGUUGGUUGGACUAACCCUGCAGUACGGUCAAAGAAAUCCAUUGUAUAAUACUGUGUGACGCUGUUAAACUAUGAAUAAUUUCAUAAAGAAUGAAAUAUUCAACCUGAUAAGCAAAGUAUUCAGUGUUUUACAUAAUGUCAACUAAAGACCGUUUUAAGGGUUUUUCUCCCUAUAUUUUAAAGACGCACAAUCUAGGUUGAUGCAAUUUAUUGUUAACUUUAAUGCUUUGAAGUGUUUAACUCAUUUGACUUAAAUGACCAAAACAAUUAAAAGCCUUUAUGAUUUAGAUACAGCUAACAUAUUAGCAACAUGUAGGCGCUUUCGUAUCUGGAAAUUUGUGGCCACGUAGCCAUUAAUUGUUUGUUUUAAUAAUGGAUUUAUUUACUUCUUUUUUAAGGGGGGGGGGGGGGGGGGUGUAAAGAGGAGUCAUAUUUGAUUCACGUACAUUUCGAUAAGUUAACAUAACUAAAAGAUACUGGGACUGGUACUGUGUACAUUCAGGAUAUGUGUGGUAACAUUUCGAUAAGUUAACGUAACUAAAAGAUACUGGGACUGGUACUGUGUACAUUUAGGAUAUGUGUGGUAACAUUUAGAUAAAUUAAUGAAUAUUUCUAUAAUUUCUAAAGCAGUGAAAACAUCUUGUAGUUCUCAUAUGAAAAAAAUCUUUCUUAUUUUAUUAUAUAUAUAUGAUAUAUAUCUGUGUGGUAACAUUUAGAUAAAUGAAUGAAUAUUACUAUUAUAUAAUCAAUUGAAAACAUUGAAAAUUUACUUCAGCUGCUUCUGUAAUAGGGGCCCUGUUGUUCUUCUAAUAUUCCUAUCAAUAUAGUACUGUAUGUUCAUUUAUACCAUUGUAUUUUUGCUGAUGUUGAUUAUAUAAUCAUAUGAAUUUUGUUUUAAAUAUCAUAAAUGCUUUAUUUUUAUGAUAAAUACCAUACAACUUAUUAUAUACAACUUAUUAUUUUUGCAUAUAUAUAAUGCUCCAUUUGAAUUUUGAAUAUUGCCUUUUCUAUUUGUAUAUAAGAUGCAUAUCUCCUUCAAGGACAAAAUAAAGAUAUUG